GACAAUACCUCUCCGAGCAUUGUUCAGCAGCAUAGCAGCCCCUGCUUACUACAUGCAGCUGUGCAGGCUAGCUACCUCCUUCACAUGGGCUGCUGUGUGCUCAGCUUCAGCACCCUGGACAGCGGACUCCUUGAAGGUCUAGGAGCAAGGGAAACCUGUUUGAUGCAGCAGGAGUUCUGCAGCAAUUCCAAGCAAGCAUGUAGGAAGCCCUCUAUGCUCUAAAUGCACAUUUUAAUCGACACACACUGCUUUGAACGGCAGGCUCAUGGAUAUAUGCUGAGAAAUGCACUUAGCAGAGGUUCUGCUGGCCAUCCUUCUGAUUGUGGUGUUUGUUGUGUCCUUACUGGCCAAUCUCUUGGUGGUGAUAUGUUUCCUGUACAGUGCAGAGAUCAGGAAGCAGGUGUCUGGGAUAUUCUUAUUAAACCUCUCCCUGUGUAACCUCCUCCUGACUGCCUUCAACAUGCCCUCCACUUUCCUGGCUGUCUUGAAAGCCCAGCAGCCUUUUGGGGACUGCAUUUGCAAAGCUGUGGGUUUUCUGGAAACUUUUCUAACUUGCAAUGCCAUGCUAAGCAUGGCUGCACUCAGUAUAGACAAAUGGAUUGCUGUGGUUUUCCCCCUGAGUUACAGCAGCAAGAUGAGGUACAAAGAUGCUGUGCUUAUGAUGGGCUAUUCCUGGCUGCACUCACUCACCUUUCCUCUGGUGUCCCUCUUCCUCUCUUGGGUAGACUACAGUAGCAUGUAUGCCUCUUGUACUUUGCAUGUCACAGAAGAAACUGAGAUCAGAGGUUUCACAGUGUUUACUAUCGUGUUCCAUACUGCCAGUUUCAUGCUCUCUCUGGUUAUUUUGUGUUUCACUUAUUUAAAGGUGUUAAAGGUGGCACGGUUCCAUUGCAAGAGGAUAGAUAUCAUUACUAUGCAAACUCUAGUCUUGCUUGUAGACAUCCACCCAAGUGUGAAACAGAGGUGUCUCAGUGAGCAGAAAAGGAGACGUCAGCGAGCUACAAAAAAAAUCAGUAUUUUUAUAGGAUCGUUCGUGCUGUGUUUUGCCCCAUAUGUUAUCACAAGGUUAAUAGAGCUUCUACCGUUUGUGAAAAUCAACAACUAUUGGGGUAUUGUAAGCAAGUGCCUCGCGUAUAGUAAAGCUGCAGCAGACCCUUUUGUAUAUUCUCUCCUUCGCAAACAAUACAAAAAAGUUUUACUCAACAUUGUCAACAGAAUAUUGAAAAGAGAACUCUAUCCUUCUUCAGGAUACACCAGCUCACUUGAUACAGAAAAUGACUAUUGUAUGAACAGGGCAAAUUAAAGACAUGUCAAAAUAUAUCAUUG